AUGAAGUGCUUUCGUAGAUUAUUUGCACUUAAUGAUGAUGUUGGUAAAGUGAUGGAAGAAUAUGCUCAAUUCUCUAUGAAGAGUGGACCUUUUGAGGAUUUAACUUGUAUCUCAAGGAUGCAUUCUAUGGAUCCUAAGAGUUGGUGGGCAAACUUUGGAGCUCAAACUCCUCUCCUCCAAUCUUUGGCAUUUAAAGUGCUUGGGCAACCUACUUCAUCAUCUUUUAGUGAACGAAAUUGGAGUACAUAUGCCUUCAUUCACUCACUUAGGAGGAACAAGCUAAAUCCAAGUCGUGCCCAAGAUUUGGUUUUCAUUCACAACAAUCUUCGCCUUUUAUCAAGGAAUUCCGAAGAAUAUGCGGAGCUUUAUACAAAGAUGUGGGAUGUUGGUGGAGAUGCAUUUGAUUCCUUGGAGGAUGUUGGGUUUCUAGAGUUUGCGGAACUCUCACUAGAUGAGCCGGAUUUAGAAAAUGUGUUGCUCGUUGAAGAUUGAUGUGCUUUGUCUAAGUUUUAUCUACUAUAAGACAUUAAAUUUAGUUAUUGUGUUUUUGUUAUUUUGAACUUUGAACUAUUUAUUGUGUUUUUGGUAUUUUGAACUA